GAAUAUGGCUGAUUAUAUCGAGACUGAUGAGUGUGUCCGCGCUUGUGGCGUUGAUAGAAACUCUGUUGGGAUUUCUUCAGAUGCUCUCCUUGAGCCACAAUUCACCUCCAAGCUUUGCUCCCCCGAUUGUUACCAGAAGUGCCCCAACAUUGUUGAUCUUUACUUCAAUUUGGCUGCCGGCGAAGGAGCUUUCUUGCCGGAUGUUUGCCAGCAGCACCGCAGGAACCCUCACCGUAUGAUGGUUCAACUUUCAAGCUCCGGCGAAGUCACCCCUGGCACCAUUUCAUCUCAUUCAUCCAAAGCCAUGCUCAGCCCUGCUUCUGCUCCUGCUAUUUCCCCAGCUCCCUUUUAGUUAUUUUCUUUACAAAUCAUUCCCUGUUAAAAGAUGAUACAAGAAUAAGUAUUAGAUACAGGAGGUGUUCAUUUGUUGAGGAUUAUUUUCAUAUAUUAAAUGAGAGAUUUUGUUACUCUUAUUUACAA